GAAUUUCUCGUGACGAUAAAGCGCCACCUCAAUCUCCAUCUCUAGCGCGCGCUCUCUCUCCCUCUCUCUCUCUCUCUCUCUCUCCCCUUCUCUCUCAAACCUCCGUCUCGGCAUCCCCUUCUGCAAUUUUGGAUUAUGUGAGAGGAUUAGGUGCUUGUUCAAUUCUAAGGAAGACGAUCGUUUGAUCGGAGAAACAAGAAUUGUUCUCGGCGCAGCGAGGGAUAGCGGCAUCUUGGGGGAUUUUCUGGGUGUCGACUGAGAAAAAUUUCCCUACUUUGGCAGCAAGAGGUCAUCGGUUGAUAGUUCUCGGUGCCCGCAGCGGCAGUUUUGAUCAUGGCUGCUGCUCAACAUUUUCGGCAACGAGGCUCAUGGCUCGAGGCAUCUAGAACUGAAUGCAUGCGGUAGCCGCAGACGGCGAGGAUAGACUGGUAUUUUAGCGAGACAAUGAUUCUCGCGAUGAGUGAUGAGUUGUAGCGGCCGAGGAGAGUUUUGUGAUGUUCAUCAGAGUUGUCAUUGCGGUUACACAUUGAGUUGUGUGCACAGCUCGAUUUCUGUGGAGGUCUAGAUAGUAGUGGGCUCGGGGAGCUCGGCGUUAGUCAUGAGGAGUCGCUGCAGGCUUGGAGGACGAGGAGGUGUACUGGUAGGAAGCAUGGGAACUGUUUCGUUAUCUUACGAUUCUACGCAGGCCUGAGGAGGUAGUUCCAGACGUAGAUUCCUGUGAUGCGAUUGGCGAUCAAUUUUUCACUUCGACGGCAACUGUAAAUAGAUGUUCUUCGAGACAAAUAAAGCUGGCGAUUUUGGAUUAUAGGCUCUAGAGAAGAGGAAGCUGCUCGUCCUCGACAUCGUAAGAGGACGUUCGUUGGCACAGCGUUCAUUGGGGCAUUUUUGCAAUAUGCGGUUUUCGGAGUUGUUACCAUACCGGAAUGACUUCAUGAGGUUCCAAGAGGUGACUGGGAAUCACUUUCCUGUGAACUGUAAGGGUAAGUAGGCGGAGGCAUUGUAUUCAUAUUAGCGUUGGAAUCUGACUCAGAAUCAGAUAUGUAGAAGACAGAAUCUAUGCCAAGGUCAGUGCAGAUUAUGGGAUGCCACACAGCCUCUAGGUUGCGGCAAACUUGAGCAGUAAUCUUUGAUCCUGGCACUUGACGUCUCGGUGAGAUGGACAUGUUCAAGAUUCAGCGGAGGAGGAUGGAUCAGUUGUUGGAAUGUGGGCGUGAAUAGCACUAGUGGCGUUUACGAACAGGUGGACGUGUCUUGAAGUUGACCUUGGACUAGUGCAGGCUGUAAAUAGAAAGAAGUCAUGCUGUAAGCAGAAUAAUAGAAGAGUGUAAAGACUUUUUUUGGCGCUAUUUGGCACCCGGUUGAGCUGAUGGAACCCCCGUUCGAUGGUGAUGUCAAUCGGAGAUGUUUCUGUGAUUGCUGUCAUAGGUUACAAGCGAAGUCUCCCGUUAAACUUAAGAUAGAGAAGUAAGUGUAGGAGUCCCCGGUGGAAGUGCUGGAAUAAAGUUAGAACUCUUGCACGGAAGGUUAUCGUGACGAUAUCAGGUCCCGACACCGGGAACUGUCUCUGUUGUCUCCAUAUAUUUCUAAUCAGCAGAUGAAGUUAGUCUCCAGUUCAGAGGGUUCCGACCCUGUUGGCACUUGGCAUACUUAGCGUAAUGAUUGUUGUAGAGACUGGAAGGAUUUAAAAUCAUCAAGCUGGAUUUACUGUCGGUGCUGUUCGACGGAGUCCGGGUGCCUCAGUGGGGCGCUUUGUUCGGGUUCUGCAAAUCAUUUGUUAAAAGAUGGUCAAAAUGGGAAUCACUCGCAAGAAUAACCGAAUCCAAGGAGCACAAGCCGUGGAGCUUGCAAUGUCUUUGCUUGUCACGUCCUUGGUACUUCAGUUGUUACAAGUAUCGACCGCCAGCACCUACGAUGAAUAUGUCGACCGUUAUGACCGUCGAAGGUGGAUGCAAGACAACUGGAAGAUGUACGAGGAUAGCUCUGAUAACAAGCCGAUGGAGACUGAAUAUAUUAGCGCAUCUGCGUGGAGACAACUUGCCGCUGGUGGGACGUCAAAUUGGUCUGUAGAUGUGUCGGACACAGGGUUGGGAGCAGCAGUGCAGGUUGUGUACAUGGGCAUACCCGCCAAGUUGGAUGCUGACAUUUCAGCUACAUUGACUGGGCCCGGAGCCAACAAGACGGAGAAGCUGACGGCCGUAGGAAAUGGUGGCUACUCAGCUUAUCUUUCUGCAGGCAUACCCGGUGAAUAUAAAGUCGUUCUAACCGAAGGCGGGGCCGCUCUUGGAGAUCCGGAGUACAUAGUUCAUGUUGCUGGUCCCCCUUCUCCAUUUACAAGUGUAGUGGCGCCUUGCGCGACUCCAGUAGAUACAGGCUCACCGUGCAUGAUCACAGUCACAGCCAAGGAUGCCGCUGAUGUUGUCCGGGGUUCUGUGGGCAAAUUAUGUCCUUUCAAGAUUUUAAUCUGGGACGACAAAGGGGAAUAUUACAGUCCGAAUUCUAUCACGGGGCCUGUGAAAGGAGAUGGAAUUUGCAACAUAACUUUCAUUCCGUUGCGGAGCAGAGUUUACACUGCCAAAGUCACCAUCGGUGGCAUGACUCUGGUAACGAGUGGGCUAUUCAAUUUCACAGCGGCGCCCUCUGCUACCGCCGAAGCCAACUUCCUAGUUGAGUCUCCAGAUAAACUAGCAGACGGGACAUAUGCAGUGGGGUCCGUUCUCUUCAACGUUAGGUCCAAAGAUCCGGCGUAUAAGGCCAUCCAUGGCUUCACAAUCAACGUCGAGAGCCCGAAUAUGUCAUUCGUACGCAGUUGCUUGGACAUUCGAUCUUCUCCGGAUUGCUCGUUUCUCAUGAACGUGACCAGGCCGUUUCUUUUCGAUAUAAGUGUCCUGCUCGACAAUACUACCAAGCUUGCGUCUUCGAUCACAGGAGCACAAUUCUCGGCUGCGUUUGUAGUCGGUGAAAAUUGCAGGAUGAGCGUCACCGGCAAUGUGACGAACAUAGUAUCGGGAUCGAAUUCACCUCCAUUCGAUAUUUCUCUAGCAGAUGACUGGGCCAAUCCUGCAGAAAACUACUCGUCCGGUGAUCUGAACAGCAUGCUCGUGGUUGACCUCAUUGCAACCAAAAUGCCCUCCUGUUACCUGCACAACGUGGCCAUAAACGCAGCUGGGACCCCGGUCGGCAUCUUCACCGCAACUUUCUCGAAUCUGACUUGUGCCGGGAACUACACCGUGCGAGCGUGGUUUGGCUACACCAACAACAUCAUCGAAGGCUCAGGCCUCGACUUGAGCGUGGUGGCCGGGCCAGAGGUCGCGGCGGCCUCGGUCGUAUGGGCGAACGAAACGAUGUUCACAGCGGGAGGAACCGUGGGCAUUGCGACCUUCGUUGCAGACCAAUGGGGCAAUCCCGUGCUGUCAGCUGACGUUUCCAUCACCCUGGAAAACACUGACAAGACCAUAAGCACGAACUACACUGCCUUCUUGAACGAUGACCACUUCCAAGCUGUCAUCGGCGGAGGCGUCACCGUCGCAGGGCUCUACGAUCUCGCCGUUCUGGUGGGCGGUACGUCCCUUUUGACUUCACAGAUCAAUUGCACUGCGGGCAGUUUGGACGCUACAAAUUCCAACUUCACAUUGGCUGCCAACUUCACGGCCGGAGUCCUGAACAACUUCACCUUGGCUCUGGUUGAUGGCUAUGCCAAUCCGAUCGGAAAGAGUCGAGGCCCGCUGAUGAGAACGAGCGCGGGGGCCGUGCACACGAACGGCUCGGCCGCAGCGUGGGUGACGGUAUCUGGGAACGACACGAGCCUCUUAGAAUUAAGCAUGAGGGUAGAUGUUGCAGGACCUUAUCAGAUCAAAAUCCCUUAUAACAUGAUCACCGAAGGCUCGACCGACAUCGUGACUGAUGUCAUUGUCUACCCCGGUCCCAUCGAUGGAGCUCGGAGCAGUAUCACCGGUCCGGCCAUGGGCGGCGGCGUUGCUGGAACCAAUUUCACAGUCUACAUCAUCCCCCGCGACGCUUACGGUAAUUUGCUGAGUCCCAAUGCGGCGGACCUGGCCCUCCUGGAGGUUGUGGUGACUGUCACUGACCGUGAGAACAACCCGCCAACCCCCGUCACGACCGAAGCUCUAUCAAUAGACUCGACGAAUGGCUGGUACGUCAGCCAGUUCAAUGCCACUGUGUCCGGGACUUGCAAGUUCCAAGUGACUCAAACGGCGACCAAAACAGUUGGACUCGCCGAGUUCAACAUCCGUGCUGCGAGCCUGAGCGGAGCGAAGACUGUGCUCUCGGGCAUGGGUCUGAAGGGCAGCGUUGUGAACCAGCCAGCCAUCUUCUUCAUCAACGCCAAGGACGGUUUCGGAAACGCGAUGGACGACCUGGGUUCGGCUCCGGUCGAAUUCGUGGCCAGAUUGUGCAAGACUGAGGCGAUUUGCGUGAAUGAAACGUGCACCGACGAUUGCAGUGCGGCUGGUCGAAUCGCCGUCCGGGACAGACACAUCUACGGUGGCAUGUACGCUGUCACGUGGAGCGCACCGAGCGUCGGUAAAUACAGCAUAAGCUUGACGAGUGGGAACGAGAAUGUCACAGGAUCACCCGUCACACCUCUUACCGUGGUCACUCUAGCUGAGAGAGGCCCUCCUGUGGCGGCCGAAGCCCUGGUGUGCAAUGGCUUGAUAUUCAAAGCCUGGUGUCCAGGGUAUUUCGGAACCGUGGCAGGUGUGAAGGCCAGGUUCUCAGUGGCUUUAGCAGACGCCGAUCAAAACUUUGUGGCCAGCUCCGGAACUGCGCUUUCCGUCGCUCUUGCACCCCCCGAUCCCACAGCUGUGACAGAGAUCAUCGACAGCAAUGACGGUUACUACACUAUCGUGUACACCAUCACCAAGAUUCCCGAACCACCUGCCCCAGUGGAAUUGUCGGUGAGCCUUGGUACCGCUGAAAUCACCAAGGCCAGUGUGAACAUCACCCCAGCGUGGACCUCAUCCGAGAAAUCCACCAUCGAUCCGAUGUUUACUGCCCUCAUCGUAGCUGGGGGUAACCUUUUCACCGCCAUCACUCCCAAGGAUCCUUAUGGAAACCUGCAAGCUUACGGUCUCUCGUACCCUACUUCGAACGACAGAUUCACCUUCACUGCAAUCCGGGAGACCGGUGAGCGACUGCAUGGGACUGUCACCUGGAAUGAGACAACUCUUGUGUGGGAUGCUUAUAUGCGCCUCACGUGGUCUGGAAUCUAUUUCGUCGCAGUCGAGUUAAACGAUGUACUUCUGGGCACAACCGGAGCUAGUGCAACCAUCACUGUAAAUCCCUCGACCCCGACCAUUGAAAACAGUGUACUUCUUCAGCCUUGGCUCCCGCCCGUGAGGUCCAUGGAGACCGGCUUUUUCGAGGUGCCGGGCCUCGCUGACAAAUUUGGAAAUCGUAUCGUCAAGGAUCUGUCGUUUACAGCCAAUGCAACGGACAUUGCAGACAGUGCUGCAACGCUCAUCCCCUUCUUGUGCUCCCUGACGAACACAACCUAUGCUUUGGCAACAUGCACCUACAGCUUGAACAAGACGGGCACAUACAACGUCAGUUAUGGCGCUAGUGGCCUCGUUGCUUACACAGCCAUCCAGGUGCUGCCUGGUGCUGCUUCAGAUCUGUCGACUGUGGAAGGCAGUGCGACCACAAACUGCACCGUGGGUCACUUAUCCGUGUUGACAAUAAAUUGCAUCGAUGCGAUGCAAAACAACUGCAGCCAUCCGGAAACAGCUUUCAAGGCAGUUCUCACCCUACUGCCAGGAGCAGGAACAACGAUCGUGAACAGCACCGUACUUCCAGUGGUGGCCGACGUAUGGGGGAAUGAGUUCGGCACAUUUGCUUCCUACAUUGUCAAAGAAGUGGGCAACUGGACAUUGAAUGUGACCCUUCAGGAUGGCAGAAACAUAACCGGCAGUCCCUUUUCAGUUCUUUGCACUCAUGCUGUCUCGACCCCAAGAAUAUCAUUCGCUUAUGUGGUCGAUCCGCCUCGGAAACUCGAUAACCUUGGGAAAGUUUCAAUGGUCGCCGGAUCAGUCGUCGAGCUGGGGGUGAUGAUCCUGGAUGCAAAUGGCAACCGCCAACAGGCUUCAGUCGUAGGGGACACUUUGAAGGUGACGUUUGAACCUGAAGACCCACUGUUGCAGAAUACCGGAGUGUAUCUAUCAGAAGUGGUAGACAACAUGGAUGCCACGCACAGCUUCAAAGUGUCUGCUUCCAAGGUGGGUACGUACGCGGACAGUGUGCUCACACCUAUUAACUACAUACUGAAGGUGAACUGCACUACUGCAGAUGAGCCUUCUUUGGUGGAUCAAGGAAUCGGAGGAGCUCCUUUCACUUUUACUGUCCUGCCUGGUCCGAUCAGCGUGUACAGCACAUCGGUCCAGCUUGUUAAGAGCAAUCCAGAGACUACUGGACUGACGAGCACAUUCAGAGUCGUCACACAGGAUGCUUUCGGAAACGUCGCAGCUUACAAUCAGACACUCAAUGUUACCGUAGUCGUUAGCAAGUGGGAACCACUGGUGGAAGAAGAAAAUCCGAAUGAAAGCCCCGAGCCCUCUACCGUGACCCCGCCGCCGCCUCCAGCACCCCCUCCACCAAAAGCAUUCGGACGGCGACUACUGCAGGUGAUCCCAGCUCAGACUAUAUUUCCCCAGGACUCGGGCGGUUAUACGAUAACCCCGGUCGUCGUCAAUAACUUCGAUGGCACGUACAGUUUCACAUUCUCCGUCACUCAGGCCGGAGCUUACAACAUCAGCGUUUUCGUGGACUCUGAGCUCGUCGGUUCAGGCUCCUCGACUAUUGAGAACUUCAUGGUGGAGGCUGGCAAUCCUGACUUUUCCCGUCUGCAACCUGUGAGCGAGACCCUGGGGAAAAAUUCGACCGCCUUGAAUUGUACCACUCCUGGCAACAUCACUAUCGCCGUCGCCGAUAUGUUUGGCAAUCCCGUUGUCCUCCCAGCUGCUCAAGCUGAGAAGUAUAUCGCCAACAUUACCGCCAACAUCCAGCUUCGAAAACGUCAAAUCAAUGCUUUCAUGAUUUUCGAAGACAAGGAUAGUAACGUCACCUUGGAUGCAUGGGUAGUUGGGGCCACCGACGGCAGCAUCACCUCGAAGUAUACUCCCACUUCAUCGGGCGAUGUGGCGUUUUACAUGUGGUAUGGGGACACUGUGACUGGCAUCAAAUACCUGAGUGCCAUGACUCCAGUUUCAGGCACAAUCCUCUCGGGCCCGGCGGAUCCAACCACGGUUCGCGCUUAUGGCGGGGGCCUUAUCGCUGGAUUAACAACUACAUGCGAUGCGUAUAUGUGGUGUGAUUAUCGCAACAACACCAUUCACAUCGAGGUGUUUGAUGCGAACAAAAACGUUCUGACUUAUACCGAGCUGGAAAACGCUUGCUAUGAAGUCUACGUCGAGUACAAUUUCACGGACCCGUUGUUGAUCAUGCCUGGUGGUGCAGUAAUUGCCCCAGACAUGGCGACUUGCCUUAUUAAAUACACUGUCAAUUAUACCACGCUACCGAAUCAAAAGGUGUCAUUUAACAUAUCCUACGCUGGCAAGUUACUCACUGGGUCUCCGUGGACUGUGGGCGUGAGGGUUGCUGCCGGAGAUGUGAGCCUAGCAAAAAGCUUUCUUUGGGGAGAUUUAGGUGGUGUCAUAGAAGCAGGGAAAGUGGGAAAAAUUUAUGCGCAGCUGUCAGAUAAAGACGGUAUUUGGCUCUGCAUCAGUCCGAUGGAAGGAAACGAAUAUGUGCAGUUGAUAGCUUACAAUCAAACUGAGGGCGUAAUUGCACCUCAGCUGGCUUCUUUUGACAACGGCGAUGGGACCUUCCUUCUCACGUAUACAACUGCUUCCACAGGAACCUUUGGUUAUCAACCAGUCAUUGGAUACAAUUUGAGACCUUUUGGACCCGUAAUUGUCAUCAGGGUGGUGGCAUCGGAGACUGUCGUGGCAACGACCUCAGUCUCCGUCAUAAGCACCAAUGUAACUGUGUAUCGUGCAGGUUAUGAUGCACUGCUAGUUGAAGUGCAACCUAUAGAUCAAUUCUCCAACCUGCAAGACUACUACUUUGCUUCUCCAGACAUCUUUCGGGCUAAAAUUCAACAACCUGACGGCACCAUCGCCUACCAGGUUCUGGAUCGUAUCGAGACCGAAAGUCAAUACGGAGUCCCAUAUCACAAAUGGCUGCUGAAAUACUACCCGGAGCAGGCACCUCGGAGGAGCACCGCUUUGUACAUCAUUGAAAUAGUGUGGAGCAAUGGGACCGUGGAGGAGUUGGUUCCCCAAGUACCUAUAAAGAUUUAUGCAAUGCCUGGUCCGCCUGAACCUUCCUUUGUAAAGGUUGUGGGACAAGGGGCAUCCAAGGCUAUCAUCGGAACGCUCUCGAGUUUUGUGGUUACUUUAUACGAUAAACUCGACAAUCAAGUGACCAAGUUGGACGACAUUCAGCAGUACAACAUAACGAUGGUGGUGAACGACCUAUCGGAGGAAAUCGUCAGCACCACGAGCUGCACUGUGAAUGCAGCCCCUCCAGGAGGCCUGUGCACCUACACCAUUUAUCAGGCAGGAACGUACGCCUUCGACAUCUGGGCCGACAAUAGGCUCCUGUUGCAGCAGAGUGUGACUGCUCAGGAGCCGUCCAUAUACGCCCCGAACUCCAGAGCCUUUGGAGACGGCGUCGGCACCACGGACAACCCCGUGGUGGUGGGAAUAGAGGCGGAGUUCAUGAUCGAGGCUUACGACAGUCUCAACAAUCCCCUCGUCGCCAGCAGCUUAUCCAACGUGACCACCACUUUCGACGUCGCCGGGUACAAUCUCGUGUCCACCGGCGUGAUCCGCCCGAGCCCGGGCUACCCGCUGCGCCUGAAAGGCACGAACCGCGUUCUGGUCCGAUACAUGGUGUACAAAUCGGGCCCCUACGUCGUCAACGUCAGAAGAGCCGGCGCUCACAUCAUGGGCUCCCCGUACUACGUCACAGUGUACCCCGGCGAAAUCAGCUCCAUGAGCACCGUGGACGCCGAGACGCUGUCGCUGUGCAAGUCCGGCCAGUCGCACGCCGUGACGGUAACGGCGCGCGACAAAGAGGGCAACAUCCGGACUCACAUGGAGGACGCGCUGACCAUCAUCAAGUCGGUACGCUACGGCAACGAGUCCGAGAUGGACACGAUGAAGCCUCUCGGGGCGGGGGUGUACACGUGGAACUUCACCUGCAAGACGGCCGGGACGAAGGACCAGCCGGAGAGCACCCUGAUCUCCAUCUACUCCUACAGGGCGCAAGUGUGGAGCGGAAUGAUUCCGGUCGCGCCCGGGCCUCCGGACGCGAAGCAGUUCAUGGUCGGGGCGUUCUGCCUCGUCUCGGCCGGGGAGGUUGGGAUGACCACCGUCGUCGCGGCGGACUCGGCCGGGAACGUCCUCUGGGACGGAGGAUUGUCAAUCACCGUCUACCUGAUGUCCAAAGAAGCCAACACCUCGGCCUCGGGCGAGGACUGGUACAACGGCACGUACACCUUCACGUGGAUGAUGACCAAGAGCCAGCAGUACACCAUCGUCGCGGAGUUCAACUCGUCCACCUUCUACACGGAGGCGAUCUGGGUGUUCCCGGGGCCGCCCGACGCGCAGUCCACCAGCGUGACGUUCGACGGGACCACGGGCUACGUCGCGGGAGUGGAGGGAACUCUGUGGAUCCAGUUCUUCGACGCCUACCAGAACAACAUCACGGCCGACGUGCUCGUCCCGACGGACCUCAGCUUCACGUCUCUGUCCGUCGACGCGGAAGUCCGCCGCGCGACGUUCAUGGCCAAAACCAUCACCUUCGACGACAACCGGUACACCGUGACUUUCAUCCCACUCUACGCCGGCGCCAUGAAGGUGCAUCUGAAGAUCAACGGCGGGCAGGUUCUACAGAACGGCGAGCCGUACACCACGCAGGUCAUCGCCGGUCCUCCGUUGGCGACGCGGAUGUACGCCUGGGGCGGGGGAUGGACUGCGGGGGGCGUGAUCGGCGGAACCAGCACCUUCUUCCUCCGGCUCCGCGACUCGAUGGACAAUCUGAUCGAGACCGAGCCGCCGGCACCUCUGACGGUCACGUUCACUCCGGCGGUCGCGACGGAUUUCGCCCAGACGUACAUGGCCAUGGGGCUGAUGAUGAUCACUUACGUUCCUACUACGGCCGCUCCUGAGUUCACCAUCAGCGUGGGCUACGACAGUAUCAUCGCGCUGACCAGUGGACUUCUCAUGACCAAUGGCACCACCGGCAACUACUCGGCCGCGAGGUCCGUUAUCACCACCGAAGACGGCAUGGAGAUCGAUAAUCAGGUCGUGGUGUAUUCGUACGCCGGGGAGUCGAUCUCUUUCCUGAUCCAGCCCCGGGACACGUCAGGCUUCCCCAUCAGCACGCCGCCGGCCAACUCACCCAAGGUGCCGGUCUACGUGGUGCGAAUCACGGCCACUCCCACUCAAGUCAUAACCAGCGAUCCGACGAACUAUGAAGCGACCUUCGAGGUAUCGAGCGAUGAAGCCAGGGAUUACUUGGUCGUGGUGCGCAGCUCGGACAGCACCCACGAGCUUCCCAACAGUGGAUUCACGGUGAAGUUCCUGCCGGGACCGUCCUCGCCGGUCAACUGCAUAAUCACCAGACCGGAUGGGGAGCAAUUCGAUCCUUCGAAGCCCUUGGUGGCCGGUCAUCAGCUGGAGCUCAUAGCUCAAUCGAAGGACGCUUACGAUAACGUCCAAAUCUACAGCUUGCAGAAUGCGGACAUCUACGUAGCGACCCUGACGGCGGGAACCACCACCCAAGCAGUGGGAGUUUCCAUCAACUUCCAGUCCACCUACAGAAUUACCUUACAGGUUCCCGUCGUUGCUGGAGCAGGCUCCUUGAUUGUGAACUUGAACGGAGCUCAGGUUGCGUCCUAUGGCAUUCUCGUGAUCGCCAGCACUCUGUACUUGCGAGGCACAGAGAUCACACCCUGGUACUUGGACCCCAUGAUUUCCGGCCAGGAGGCCUACUUCGACAUCAUCCCCGUUGAUGCUUAUCAGAACGUCAUAAACUCUGUGAACGCCACCCAGCAGAUAUUCGCCGCUCUGGCUGUGAAAAUCCCGGGGACUGUGGAUCCCGUAACCUUCGAAACGAGUCCAGACUCAUACAACUUCAUCGAGGUAGCUCAGUUGCAACCGGGCAUGCUAUCACAAGGACUGCAUGCAGUCGUGAUGCCGAAGAAGGUGGGGAGCUACAUUGUGGUAGCCGCCAACAGCCCCGGUCGCAUCGGUGGCGAUAUGACGGAUGGGAUCAUAGAACUCGCAACCGUGGACAUCCUCCCUGGCGAUGUGGACAUCACCAGAUCCUUCGCCACACUCGAACGCUCUUACCCCGGUGGAGCAACCAUCGCCUUCCGCAUCACAGGUCUGGACUCGUACAACAACCUGGUUCCAGCUCUUCCCGACGUGUCCACCGAGCCGUAUUACAAUGUGGAGGUGACGGCGGCAGUGUGCUCAGCAGAGGAGGAGGAGCUUUGGGAAUUGGCUUCCGGGAACUCGACGACUCCGUGCCCGCCGAGCUACACGUGCGAUGCGCUCUUCACGCCGCACGGCUACGGCGACAUCAACAUCACCAUAACUUGGGACGGGCUGGACGCCAUCGAGCACAAAGUCGACGUGACCUCCAGAGGAGCUCCGACGGUCAUCACGGCCCUGAUGGACGACACGGCCGGAUCCAUUCUCGUGACCUUCGACGGCGUGAGCGACGCGGGCUUGAGAAGCAUGCGAGGAAUGAGGGACGGCCCCGAGCGGUGCGAGAUGCUGCUGGACAAUACCACGUACCUCAAGCUCGGCUCCAACCCGGCCUGCGGUUUCAAGGACGCCCAAACCAUGUACAUCCAACUGGGUUACAACGCCAGCAUCAUGCCCGCCGGCGCGCCGACGCCGGACUACAUCACGCUGUCCAGGGAGGGCGUCUUCGCCGAGCGCGAGACGUCGCUUCCAUCAGCCGGGAGCGUCCUGCUCCGGCCGCCCAACAAGCAUCCGCCUCUGGUGGCCAUCCUCUCCGGGCCGACCACAGUCGGAGCUUGCGACGACUUCGUUCUGGACGCUUCGUCCAGCUACGGAGCAGGGGGCCGGCCCAUGACCUUCUCGUACCACGCCAAGGGCACCGGCGACUUGUACAAGCUGUCGGUGCUGGGGUCCAUUCUGGAGUCGCUGCCCAACAACACCAUGGUCGUGAACAUCCCGCCGGGCUCCCUCGAGGCCAACUACAUCUAUACGUUCGUGGUCGUGGUCGUGAACUACUUGGGCAAGAGGGCCACGGCCAGCGUGACCAUCUCGGUGUCGCCCACGCCCGUGCCCAUCCUCCACAUCCCCGGCUCCGCGGAGGUCCAGACCUUCUCACGAGGCCAAGUCGUCACGCUGGAGGCCGACGUCGCGAUCCCCGGGACGCAGCUCUACGACCUGGAGUCCGGCACCUGCUACGACACCGACACUAAGGUGAACACCACGGCGACGCAGAUGGUCUUCGUCUGGACGCAGGUCGCCGGCCCGUUCGUGAACAUGUUCCAGCUGGGCAACACGGGCCAGCAGCUGAACAUCGCCGGCAACCAGCUCGCGGUGGGCCAGGUUUACGAGUUCCUGGUGACCGUGUCCAUGUUCGGGUACCCGACGCAGUAUUCGACGGCGCAGGCGGCCGUGCAAGUGAAGAGCUCGCCCAUCGUGGCCUUCAUCAAGGGCGGCGAUCGGGCCAUCAACGCUUCGCAGGACCUGAUCCUGGAAGUCGUAGCCUACGACCCCGACAACCUGGUGGACGAGUUCGGCAACUCGUUCCAAUACAACUACGUGUGGACCUGCGACACGCCCAUCACCACGCCGGAGUCGCUACUGUACGUGUACACGGACCAGAACUUCGGGAGCAUUAUCAAGAUACCGGCCAACACCCUGCUGAACGGCACGGUGUACAACUACACCGUCGUGGUGAGCAAGGAGGGCGGCGCGGAGCCCGCCACGGCCACGGCCUCCAUCACGCCGCUCGACGACACGGUGACCAUGACCUGCGAGAUCGCCUACGGGGCCGACUUGCACUUGGGCGUGUACGCGUCGUCGCAGGUGACCAUCGCCUGCACGCCGGGCUUCGAGUCCUACAACUGGACCAUGACGUCGAUGGGCGACCAGCGGUUGCUGUGGGAGCUGGACCCGGUGGUCGUGCUCGAGGGCACCAUCAAGAUCCCGCCGUACCAGCUGCUCGACGCGCGCACCUACAGCAUCACCUGCCGCGGGCGCAACAGCCUGGGCAAGUUCGGCACCGCGACCGUCACCUUCACGACCAUGAUGGUGCCCAGCGGCGGCACCGCGACGUUGAGCACGAACUCGAAGAAGAACUCCGCGGGCAAGACGGUGUACAGCGUCGUCGCGCACGGCUGGAUGGCCGGCGUCGGCGGCGGCCUACUGCAGUACGAGUUCCGCUAUUCGUACCUCAAGAGCAAGAAGCUCAAGGAGUACAUCCUGCAGCCUCUGUCCACGGCCAACGCCGUCAAGGACUUCGUGCUGCUCGGCGGCAAGGUCACCAUCCACGUCUACGUCUGCGACGCCGGCGUGCCGCGCGUCCACAGCAGCGACGCGCCGCCCGGCGCUAAAUUCUCGCUGCCCACCUUCAAGGUCUCGGGCAAGGGCCGGCGCUCGCUGCUGUCGCAGUCGUUCUCGGACUCCUACUGGCUAAUCGCCAACGAGGGCAAGUACUUCAACGCCCUGACGGCCAUGGAGCUGCUCGGCACGCAGAGCAUGAACAGCCAGAGCAGCACGUGCAUGGGCAGCAAUCGCAACCUGGUAACCAAGAUGCUGAACACAGUCGUGCAGAAUGGACCGCAGGUCCCGGCGGCGACUUCGACCGGCGGACAGAGCGAGGGCCCAGGCGCCAGCUUCUCGCUCAAGCAGGCCUGCGUGUUCGCGAAGCUGCUGGGGCGCGCCGGCAAUGCCAACAACUUCACGACGGUGCGCGCGCUGCUGGACCUGUACCUGCGCGACCUGCGCCUGGUGGCGGAGUUCGGGGUGAACGUGGGCAUGCAGAACGGGCGCCCGUACGACCCGUGCUACAUCGACGCGGGCAACGCCUUCGUGCAGGCGGUGAACCAGCGGUGCUACAAGGAGGUCAAGUUCUCGUUCCACCAGAUCGAGACGCUGAACAAGGCCUCGACCAUCCCGAACCUCGUGGCUCGGCUCAUGGUCAGCGAGGCCGGCUUCGUGGGCCCGCGCGUCAUCAAGCGCAAGUUCUUCAAGGCCGCCGCCAUCAAGUUCGCCAUGAGCGCCGACGUCUACGACGGGCCCAACAAUGCGUCCGGCACGCUGCUGGACUUGCGGUUCGACAUCACGUCCGUCAAGCCCGGCGGCGUCCCGAUCGGCGUGGCCAUGAGCUGCUUCGCCAAGAGCCCGCUGCUGCCGGACUUUCUGGACGAGGUGAAGCGCACGGUGGCCUUCAAGUCGCUCGUCUCCGUCUGCGACGUCUCGUUCACGGGUCACACGGACGGCGACUGGGGAAUGACCACCAUCCGCGGCAGCUGGCAGAAGCUCAGCAAGGUGGGCAAGAAGGACUCGUACCUGCCCAUGAUGGUCCCGCCCGACGCCAACUACACGGGGGGCCUGAAGAACGUCCUGGCCAUGCCCAACAUGGCCAAGUUCGACUUCGUCCGGGCGCAGUCGCGCAUCAUUUUGAUCAAGGUCAAGGGGAACAACAUCACGCUCUCGCCCCCGCCCCCGCCUCCCCCGCCCGCGCCUCUCACCCCCCCACCGCCCACACCGCCUCCCGAAGCGGCUAAUAUCACCUCUCUCAAGGUCAGCCCCCGCUACGGGACCCCUCCCAUGGAGACGGACACGAGUCCGAGGCGCUUCAAGAGCUCGCAGUCUUCCAGUUCGCGAGGUUGGAGGUACGACGACGUUAGGCCCCAGAGCAUGCGGCGAAGCGGAAAGCGACGGAGCUGGACGAAGAUUGGGCCUCAGAGUUUGAACAGAAGCUUUGCUGCUCGGUUUUGGUAUCGUUUGGUGGGUCGUUCGUAGCUUCCAGCAUUCUCGUCGUCAUGGCCGCUUGGGUUGUCGGAGGUAGUGUAAGAACCUUCAUCCUGAUUUGGGCUCGCUCCUGCAGACCGAACUCCUCGACAUUCGCAUUUAGAACGUUGGAAGAGAAUCUAAUUUGGUUGAAUAAGUGCAGAGACGAGUAGACUUCCUCCCAGAAGAUCGCCGAUUGCAGGUAGGCUCCACCUACCUCCAUCCGCCCCUGCAAGCAUCGGGUGGAUGGAGAUCUCUGUCGUUGUCGCCCUCGGUGGAGCUUCUGCUCCGCUCCUUGCAGAUGGACCUUCUCAUGGCAUCCUCCUCUGCCCCAGCCCAGCCCCGCCUCCACCUUCAGAAAAGAAAGAGUGAGAGAGAGAGGGAGAGAGGUGCUUGAUUAACAGGUUGGUGAAGCUAGGCUCGAGCGUGGGACAUGAGGCUGUUGAAGUCUACAGGGAGUACGUCUUCUCCUCUAUGGUGAGAGUGCAUCAUCAUGAGCAAGUAAACCAGCAAGUAAGGUAUCAAAGAGUGUGACAAUUUUGAUAAGGACGUCGUAAAUCCCCUUAGACUGACAUAUACUUCUUCACAAGUUUUCUGGUGUAAUACAACCAUUCAUUUGUAAGCGU